AUGGUUAAAAUUCUCUUCAUCUUAACGAAUCAAGGCCAGUUGGGCGCCUCUGGCCACGCCACGGGGUGGUAUCUUCCCGAGGUCGCGCAUCCCUACAACAUCCUGGUCGAAAAAGGUCAUGAAAUUGUCAUCGCAUCGCCAAAAGGUGGCCCCACUCCACUCGAUCCCGACAGCAAGGUGGCUUUCGCAAAUGACCCGGAAUGCAUAAAAUUCCUUGCUAAUUCUAAAGCGAUGUCGGACAUGGAAAAUUCACUGCUUGUGGCGAACAUGAAAUCGACCGAUUUUGCGGCAGUUUUCUUCCCAGGCGGACACGGUCCCAUGUUUGACUUGGCCGACUGCGCCGCCGCACAGCAAAUCGUGCGAGAAAUUUACGAACGUGAAACCGGCAUAGUUUCCGGAGUUUGUCAUGGAUCCAUCGGUCUCGCAAAUGUGAAGUUGUCCAACGGCGAAUUUCUUGUCAAGGGACGUCGACUCACCGGGUUCUCGAACGCGGAAGAGACCGCCGUCGAUGUGGCGAAAUGGAUGCCACUCUCGCUCGAGGAUACGGUUAACGCGAACGGAGGGAAUUUCAUAACGGCGGAAAAUUGGGCGGAAAAUGUCAUCGUGGAUGGAAGAAUUAUCACGGGACAGAACCCCAGCUCCUCCGCGUUGGUUGGGAAAACGCUGAACGAAGCGUUGAGCAAGCUUUAA